AAAGUUUCCUUCUGUUUACCUAUUUAUAUUUUUUCUCUCCAAGUACUUAGAGUUUAGUUCAAACCUGUCAGUAUGCUUUGUGUCACUGUCCAUGGUGCUGUAACUGUCAACUGGACCAGUUUUCAACAGCAUUUACAAUUACUUGUUAUCAUGGGAAAUCUAUUAAUAUAUUUAUACAUAAUAUAUAUCCAUGAAGAACUGCCAUAGAUUCAGCACACUCUACACAUAUGCAUCAAGGAUGAAGUUACUCUGACCACAAGGUGUUAUUUUAUCAUAUUCUUUUUUCUUUUCUUUUUUCUUUAGAUAUGUUCAUAUAUAUCAUGACCUAAACCUAAACAGUUACAGUUGCCACUUAAACAGAGAAAUCGAAUUAGUAGAAAUGGAAGAGGGUUUAAGUUUAUUAGCUCUUUUUUUAAAAAUAAAAAAAUAAAAUAAAAUAAAAUAAAAACGACAUAAUACAGACCUAGAAAUAAAAAUGGAAAUGCAGCAAGGAAAAUACAAGUGACAUAACAGGUGACAACAAAAUAAUCUGAAAUUCCAAAGAUAUUUUCUUUCGAAAUCACCGGUUUUUUGUUUGUUUGUUUUGGCUUAAUUCAUGGUUAUCCUAUGGGUAUACAGAAACGUGUUUUAUUUGAUUUAUGUAUGAACAUGUCCUUUUCCUCUUACUGUAUGCACCACCUACCUACAUUACCGAGGACGAGCUCUGAGUGCCGCUGUUGAUUCAUCACUGACUAACAGCCGAAGCAGCCAGAGUAGCGAUCCACCCCUUUAACUCCAUUUAGUGUUUUACUGCAUAGACAGACGACGCUCUGCCCGUCAGCGUUCACAUUGUGGAUUUCAUCGUGACGCUUAUUUUCGACAGUACCGGCACCUUUUCGAUUUAUGGAUUAAAUUACAACCGUUUGGCAUCUAAAGGGAUCACCCCGUUUCCAUCUCUGGAUAUAUGAUGGCUUGUAUGUGGAACAUCGCUGGCAGAGGCCGAUGGCAAGUGUUGGUUGUCAUUCUUUGUCUUUUCGAGCUGAGCUCAGUGACUGGUCAGGCUCGGUAUUCCAUACCGGAGGAGCAAGCAGAAGGGUCUUUUGUCGGAAACAUUGCAAGAGAUUUGGGCUUGGAUGUGUCGAGACUCAUAUCAGGUCGAGCUCGCAUUAUUACAAAAGGAAGCAGACAAUAUGUUGAUUUAAACCGAGACAAAGGUACACUUGUUAUUAAAGAGCGGAUCGACCGAGAAGAGCUGUGUGGAAAGACGACGCCCUGUAGCUUUAGCUUCGAAGUCAUUUUAGAAAAUCCAAUCCAGCUUUAUCGGGUGACAGUAGAGGUUGUAGAUGUUAACGAUAACAGUCCAUCGUUCCCUAAAGAUGAAAUCAACUUGAAGAUUGUUGAAAAUGCUGCAUCAGGGACUCGUUUCUCGUUGGUGAGUGCCGACGACCCUGAUGUUGGAAUAAACGAUAUUCAUCAAUACACACUUAGACCCUCGGAAAACUUCAUAUUAGAAGUCCAGAGCCAGACCGAUGGGGGGAAAUUUAUCGAAAUGGUUUUGCAAAACCCUUUAGACAGAGAGAAAGAGGAGACUCACACUGUCGUGUUGAUUGCUUCGGAUGGCGGUGAGCCCCGUAGAACAGGGACAGUGCGUAUUCAUAUUACGGUACUUGAUGCAAACGAUAAUGCGCCAGUGUGCAGCCAGCCCGUUUACAAAGCAGAUGUCACGGAGAAUUCUCCUGAAGGAACAGUGGUAACCACUGUUAGUGCCACUGACGCAGAUAAAGGAGUUCAUGGCGAGGUGACAUUUUCGUUACCUCAUGUAGCAAAAGAGGCUAAGCAUCUUUUUGAAGUUAAUGUUGAAUCAGGAGAGAUCAAAGUUGCCGGUAAUCUAGACUUUGAAAAGUCUAAAACGUAUCAACUAAACGUUCAGGCUAGUGACCAUGGAGGAUAUACUGAUACAUGUAAAGUCAUCAUUCAAAUAAUUGAUGAGAAUGACAAUGUCCCUACAAUACAGCUCAUGUCAUUUUCUAACUCCAUAUCGGAGGAUUCUCCUCCAGGUACAACUAUAGCUGUUGUGAACGUGGAUGAUGAAGACUCUGAUGGUAACGGUGUUGUCAGGUGCUCCAUUAACUCUGAUGUACCUUUCAAAAUUGAGUCUACAUUGACUGGAUAUUACACCGUUGUAACAGAAGACUUCUUAGAUAGAGAAAGUGUCCCUGAGUAUAAUAUCACCAUAACAGUGUCCGACCAAGGCUCUCCACCUCUGUCUAGUAGUAAAAAUAUUAAUGUUAAAGUGUCUGACGUGAAUGAUAGUCCACCUGAAUUUGAUAGAUCAGAGUAUAAUAUGACUGUACCAGAGAACAAUUCUCCAGGAUUUUCAGUGUUCACUCUCCAUGCUAGAGAUGCAGACUGGGGCCAGAAUGGUCGGGUUUCUUAUUUUGUGGAGGAAAAAGAAAUUAAUGGGGUAGCUGUGUCGUCGUUUGUGUCGGUAAAUUCCGAUAAUGGUGUCAUUCAUGCAGUGAGAUCAUUUGAUUAUGAGCAAAUGAAAUGGUUUGAGUUCAACGUAACUGCUCGCGAUGCUGGAUCCCCUCCUCUGAGUUCAAUAGCCACAGUUCGAAUAAUAAUCCAGGACCAGAACGACAACCCUCCUCAGGUUCUGUAUCCAGUCCAGACUGGUGGCUCUCUGGUGGCUGAGAUGGUUCCUCGUUCAGCAGAUGUGGGCUAUCUGGUGACUAAAGUGGUGGCUGUUGAUGUGGACUCUGGACAGAAUGCCUGGCUCUCCUAUAAACUACAGAAAACCACAGACAGGGCGCUGUUUGAAGUGGGCUUACAGAAUGGAGAAAUCAGAACCAUCCGCCAAGUGACUGAUAAAGAUGCUGUGAAACAAAGACUGACUGUUAUAGUGGAGGACAACGGGCAGCCCUCUCGUUCAGCUACAGUCAUUCUUAACGUGGCAGUGGCGGACAGCUUCCCUGAAGUGCUGUCGGAGUUCACUGACUUUCCACACGACAAGGAGUACAAUGACAACCUGACUUUUUACUUAGUGUUGGCUCUGGCUGUAGUUUCCUUCCUCUUCAUCACGUGUUUAGUGGUUAUCAUAUCAGUGAAGAUCUACAGGUGGAGACAGUCUCGCAUCCUGUAUCAUUCCAACCUUCCUGUGAUUCCAUAUUAUCCACCACGUUACUCAGACACUUUGGGGACAGGGACUCUCCAACAUGUGUACAAUUACGAGGUGUGCAGGACGACUGACUCCAGAAAGAGUGACAUGAAAUAUAUGCAGCCUAUGAGUGAAAGUUUGGUGAAUGUGGAUGGAGAUGGAACAGAUACAUCUCAACUGGAGAAGCAACUAUCAGGCAACUGUUCUCAGAUGUCAACUUUGGUGAGUGGUAUCUUUAAAGUUUCCUUCUGUUUUCCUGUUUACAUAUGUUUUUCUCUCCUCUCCAAGUACUUAGAGUUUAGUUCAAACCUGUCAGUGUGCUUUGUGUCACUGUCCAUGGUGCUGUAACUGUCAACUGGACCAGUUUUAACAGCUUUUGUAACCGCUUGUUAUAAUAGGAAAUCUAUUAAUCUACCAAUAUAUAUACAAAAAGAACUGUCAAAAUUUCAACACACUCUACAUAAUGUACAUCAAUGAUGAAGUUGAUAUGAACACAUGCAAGUUGUUAUUUUAUCUUUUUAUUAAUUUUAUCCUUUUUUUUUUUUUUUUUUUUAGAUGUGUUCAUAUAUGUUAUAAUCACCCUGAACAGUUACAGCCACUUUAACUACUACAACAGAAAUAUGUAAUUAGUUGAAAUUGAAGAGGGUUUAAGAUUUGUGGCUCUUAAUGAAUCAAUAUCAUGCAGACCAAGGAAAUACAAACGAAAAUGCAGCAAGGAAAAUACAAAUGAUAUAAAAGUUGACAAAGAAAUAAUCAUAAAUGACUAUAAUGUAUUAUUGUUAUUAUUAUUUUACCGAGUUUACUAGUUUUUGUUUAACAUAGUGGCCCAUUUUGUGAUUUUUGCUUCAGAUAGUCGUCACUCAUUCGUAGUAAAGCUCUCUCUUUGUCAUUAACAUGAUGAAGCUUGCAUUUAGUUUAAAACAACUUAAUUUCACGAUCACCUGACUUUCAUGAAACUUUAUUGGAACGUUAUAUGGAUAUUGUCUUAAUCAUAGUGGCCCCUUGAGCACACAGAAAAGUGUUUUGUUUAAUUCAUGUACAAACAUGUCCUUGCUUUUGAAAUAAAACUUUUCCUCUUACUGUAUGCACCACCUACCUACAUUACCGAGGACGAGCUCUGAGUGCCGCUGUUGAUUCAUCACUGACUAACAGCCGAAGCAGCCGGAGCAGCGUUCCACCCCUUUAACUCCAUUUAGUGUUUUACUGCAUAGAAAGACGACGCUCUGCCCGUCAGGGUUCACAUUGUGGAUUUCAUCGUGACGUUUAUUUUCGACAGUACCGGCACCUUUUCGAUUUAUGGAUUAAAUUAUAACCGUUUGGCAUUUAAAGGAAUCACCCCGUUUUCAUCUCUG